GCGGGCCGGAGGCGGGGCCUGUCCUGACGGACACCGGCUGCUGGUGUGAAGUCAAACGGUUGAGUUGACCCGUUUCUCGUUUGGAACGAAACGCGAGGUAUUAUUUGAAGGCUCGGAAAUCAGCGGAUGCACAUAGCAGCACGUUUGCAAAAGGGGAAACUGCAUUGAGUCACGAAAAGGCGGAAAUUUCGGCAUUGAGCGUAAUAGGAGAGCAGUUUGACCUAAUCUGACCUUCGGGCUGGACACAGUGGAGCUCAGAUUGAUGUGUUGCAGUCUGGGUAUGGCAGACACCCGAGCGACAGUUAACCACCUGAACGCUUGAUGGACAAGACUGGAAUCAGUACAACUGCAGUUCUAAUCAAGCUGAUGGAGUCUUGAUCGAGGUUGAAUAUCUCCAAGGAAAUGGUGACGGUUGGAUAUGUUAUGGUUCGCUUUCUUCACGUUGCAAAAUCCAGGCGGAGCCAUGUGCGUGGAUUGUACAGCCAGUGUGCUCUGUCACAUACAUUGCAAGGUCUUCGCAAUGGAAGGAAGGCUCAAACCUUUUCAUUUUUGGACCACUGUUUCAGUGGCGGACUGGCGAGAAGCUACAGAGCCAAACCCCAGUCCUACCAGCUCACACUCCCUCAGAUCAACAGCAUUCUGAAAGCCAAUGAGUUUGGUUUCAAGGUGCCCGAAUUUGAUGGGAAAAACAUCAGCUCAGUCCUGGGACUUGACAGCAAUCAGUUAGCCUCUAACGUGCCUAUCGAGGAUCGGCGUAGCGCAGCCUCUUGCCUGCAGAGCAGAGGCAUGCUGAUAGGAGUGUUUGACGGGCACGCUGGCUGUGCCUGUGCCCAGGCGGUUAGUGAGAGGUUGUUCUAUUACAUUGCAGUGUCCUUGCUGCCCUGGAAAACCUUGAUCGAAAUAGAAGAUGCAGUGGAAAAUGAGCGACCUGUUUUACCAAUCUUGCAGUGGCACAAACACCCUAAUGAUUACGUCAGUAGAGAGGCUGGAAGGCUCUACUUUAAUAGCUUAAGAACGUAUUGGCAGGAACACAUAGACUUGGGAAAUGGUGAGAAGCUGGACACCAGGUCAGCGCUGAUAAAUGCCUUCAAAAGGCUCGAUAACGACAUAUCACUGGAGGCUCAAAUAGGUGCCAGGAAUCCAUUCGCUAAUUACACAGCACUUCAGGUAGCCCUGUCGGGGGCGACUGCCUGUGUUGCCCACGUAGACGGCAUUGACUUGCAUGUUGCGAAUAUCGGGGACAGCAGGGCAGUGCUGGGGGUUGAGGAGGAGGAUGGGUUGUGGUCUGCCCUCACCGUGAGCACCGACCACAAUGCCCAGAACCCGGACGAGGUGAAAAGGAUUCGGUCGGAGCAUCCGAAAUCUGAAGAGAAGACGGUGGUCAAGCAUGAACGGCUUCUGGGACUCCUGAUGCCUUUCAGGGCAUUUGGAGACGUGACGUUCAAAUGGAGCACCGAGCUUCAGAAAAGAGUUCUCGAAUUAAGACCCGAGUUGGUAACAGGGAACGAGUUACUGAAAAUGUUUCCGGACAGUUACCACACUCCACCCUACCUGACCGCUGAACCGGAAGUGACAUACCAUAAAUUAAGGCCCAAAGAUAAGUUUUUGAUAUUGGCGACAGAUGGCUUAUGGGACGUUAUGCACCGACAGAAAGUGGUGCAAGUCGUAGGCGAGCACCUCGCCAGUAUCCGGUUCCAACAGCCAAUCUCCAUCUCGGGCUACAAGGUCACCGUGGGCCAAUUGCACAGUCUCCUCCAGCAGCGAAAAGCUCGCGUCUCCUCGGCCUUCGAAGACCAGAACUCGUCCACGCAUUUGAUUCGCCAUGCUCUGGGCAGCAACGAAUUUGGUGCCGUUGAGCACGCACGUCUUUCCAAAAUGUUGAGCUUUCCCGAAGAGCUGGCCAGGAUGUACAGAGAUGACAUGAGCAUCACAGUUGUGCAGUUCAACCCACACAUCAUUACCGCACAUCACAAAGCUGAAGAAAGUUAUUGACUGAAUGCUCUCCUCAGCAAGUGUCUGAAGAGAACGAUAAUUUGAGCAUGAAGAACGGAACUGAGAGGUGGAGAGGGAAAUCAAUGACCCUUCUUACCUCCUGCAGCAAGAGAUGACCAAAGCGUGCUUUUGGUGACUGAGAUAACGAUACAGUAAUCACAUCCAACCUAUUUCCAUUCAAUUGGAAAGAACAAUUCCCUUUGAUGGUGUUGAACAUUUCACCGACACAGUCCUGAUACCAACAAAACACAUUCCUUCCAUCUUCCAACUGUUUAAAUGUAAUCUGUAUUGUUUGUUAAAAAGAAAUCUCAACUGCUCUCAGGAGCAGCAAAUCUAGCACUUCCCAGUCUUGUAGCCAAGGUGUCUGCUUGAAAAUUGGCACAUACAAUGUAUUGAGUUUGGGCCCAAUUGCUCAAAGCAAAACAACCCAGAGAUACAUAAAGUUAAAAAAAAUUCUAACUUCUGACCUCUUAGGCAUUCCGCAGAAUGCUUUGAAGUCAGCAAUUAAUAAUAAUCCUUGCAUUUGAUAUAGAGCUUAAUCAUGUCUUU